AUGAGUGACAAAGAAGCGGCUGUUCCCAUGUCCAGGAAGCACCGGCUGAUGGCAGCGAUCUCGGCCGGGGAACACAGUCCGGGACGAUUGCAUUGCUUCAUCUGUGGGGGCCGUAUAAGUCCCGGGCGGGAGCAGAGGUUGCAGGUCCGGGCCAAGUGUCCCGGCUCGGCUCGCCUGCCUUACUUCCCUUUCCUCUCGCAGCAGGAGCCGGCUCCCGGAGCCCGGGAGGUGAGCGCCGACGGCUGGGUGCUGGUGUGCUCCGUCUGCCGCUGCUUCCUGGCCGAGCAGUGGCACUCAUUCGAGAGGACCCACACGCCGGUCGACAAGCGCAUGUACUGGCUCAAGCGACCGCACCAGUGCGACGGCCGCGGGACGUCCCGCGAGUGGAACCCCAGCCCGGCCGCCCCCGUCCCUGGCCAUGACUCCGACCUCUCCUCCCUGUCCGAUCAGGAGCUCUCCGAGCCCGAGACAGAAGCGGGCCGCCCCCUUUGCCCAGCGCCGGGACCCUCCGAGCCCCACGUGGGCGGCGCCGGCCUCUCCCCCUCGGGUACACCCGGCCGCUCCAGGUGCAGCGGGAGCAGCGGUAGCUGGUCCUCGGGGGACGAGGGGCAGCCAGAGGGCGCCAGGCCGAACGGACAGCCCGUGACCCCGGUCGAGGGCGCAGGGGGGUCGGCCGGGCUGGGCGGUCGCUCCCACUGGGCCUGUUUCAUCUGCGGGGUCCGGCUGGCCCCGGGCUCCAAACACCGGGUGCACGUCCACAAGCAGGAGAACGACUCGGAUCAGCCCUUCUUCCCCUUCCUGUGGCUGCAUUACCCGCCGCCUGGCGCCCGCCCCCUGGGCCCGGAGGGCAGCACCUGGGUCUGCUCCUUCUGCCACCACUCUCUGCUCCAGCAGUGGCAGGGCUUCGAGCUGGCCAAGGUGCCGGUGCUGCAGCGCCUGUAUGUGGUGCCCCUCAAGGGCGAUGCCCCGGGGGGCGGAGAGCAGCGGGGCUGCUACCUGUGCGGCGAGGACUGCGGCCCCGCGGCCCGGGCCGUCUCCUCCAGGGGCCCCAGCCGCAGCUCCCGGGAGGGCCCCAUGUACUUCCCCUUCAUCGGCCUCCUGCCCUGCCCACCCAGUGCCAAGGCCAUGACUGAGGGUGGCCAAGUCUCCUGCUGCCAGAGGUGCUACGGCGUGCUGGAGGAGCUGUGGGCCACCAGCUCGGGCCCGGAGCGGGACGAGGUCAUCUCCUCGGUGCAGGCUUUCCUCAGGAGGUACCUGCGGAUCAGCGCCGGCUGCCCCGCCGCGGAGGUGCGCCGGCCCGCGAGGACUGGGCAGCUGCCCGCUUGCCCACUCUGCGGCACGGAGCUGGAAGGCGGCCGGGAGUACCGGCUCAGCGUCGAUCCGCCCGGCCGCCCCGGGGACCAGGAGGAGCCCUUCUUCCCCUUUCUAGCCGUCCGCCGUUGUCCGGGCCGCCCGGAGUCGGUGGGGACGGUGUCUGCCUGCGCCCUGUGCUGUCACGAUCUCCUGGAGCAGUGGUGGCGUGGCAAGAACUGUCAGCAGCCAGGUAGCCCAUGGUCCCGGCGGUACAAGGUGGACACGUUCGUGUGCUUCUUCUGCAGACGGGAGAGGAGGCGCUUCCUCGGACUGAGAGCAGUGACUGUGGCCCGGCUUCCUGUGUUCCUGUAUGCCCCUCGUGUGGCCGACGCUCUUGUGGUGGACGAUGGCAAACAGCUGACGAUUGGCACGUGUGAGGAUUGCAGAGCUAUGGUCCUGGUUGGGAACUCCAUCAAACCAGGCAGCCAAGUGGAUUCUCUAUCGCCAUCUCCCAAUUCGAAGGGUCUGCCUUCACCCCCUCGCCCUUCCAGUUCCGGCAAGAAGCAGUCGGCGCCGUGCCCUCCUCAGGCCAGGGAGGAGAGCAGAGACCAAGGCAGCACGGACAGGACCCCGAUCCCGACGACCUCCCCUCAGCUGACGGUGCAUGCUGGCAGCUCGGACCACGAAACCACAAGCAUGAGCCAUGAGCCAAAGUCACCUUCACUAGGAAUGAUCUCGACUGCGACUCGGACUACUGCCACCGUAAGCCCCCUCAACCCUUCCUCCCUCAACGGCUCCAUAGUGCCCAAUGGCAGCCCGGCAGCUAACAGCACCUUGCCUGUACCGUCAGCGCACUCUGCCAGCUUCGCAGCUGCGCUCCGCAAACUCGCCAAACAAGCAGAAGAGCCCAGAGGAUCUUCGAUAAGCAGUGAGUCCUCGCCGGUCUCCUCUCCAGCCACCAAUCACAGUUCUCCUGCUAGUACGCCCAAAAGAGGCCCGAUUGGAACCAUCCUUGUUCCUCCAGCCGCUCACAGUGUUCCCAGCACUCCCCCCGUGGUGACAAUUGCCCCAACCAAAACCGUUAAUGGGCUCUGGCGGAGUGAGAGCAGACAGCCAGAACCAGUGGCCCGGGGGCCCAGUAGGGAACGAAUGCACACAGAGACCCAGCACCAGUCGGAGAAAGGACCCCCAUCUAUCACAUCUCACCUCCUCGGGGCCCCUUAUGCGUUUGGUCUCACUCACAGCACCGUUGUCCAGGACUCCCGGUUCCCUCCUCUCAAUUUGCAGCGCCCAGUUCCUCAUGUUGUUGCGUCUGGCAGCGUGCAGGAAGAUUACCUUCGCAGCUUCCGGCCAUAUCACACAGGGGAGGAGCUACGCAUGCCUGCACUGCCACCAAUGGGACUUGAGGCAGCUGCCUCUGCCUACUAUCACUCCAGCUAUCUUGCCCAUCAUCCAUUCCCUCACCCGGCCUUCAGGGUGGAUGAUUCAUACUGCCUCUCAGCCUUGCGGUCACCUUUCUACCCAAUUGCAACCCCAGGCACUCUGCCACCUCUUCACCCCUCCGCCAUGAAUCUACACCUGCCUGGAAUGAGGUUUCCCACGGAGCUGUCUCAUUCCUCACUGUCUGCCCUGCAGCCAGAGCACUUGUCAGAGAGGCUGCAGAUAAGUGAAGAAAUCCGCCGGGAGAGGGAGCGGGAACGAGAGCGGGAGAAAGAGCGGGAGCGGGAGCGCGAGGCCGAGCGGGAAAAGGAGAGAGAGAAGGAGCUCGAAAGGGAGAAGGAGAAGGAGCGGGAGAGGGAACGCGAGCGAGAGAUGGAACGAGACAGGGAAAGGAGCAGGGAGAAGGAAAUGAGCGCAGCUAAAGCGAUGGAGAAUCACUACCUGCAGGUGCCUGAGCUGCACAGUCUGCGAAGCCAACAGAUAGACGACAGGGUUAGGGCUGCAGAACGGCUGACGCCAAACCGGACAGAUAAGCCCAAGGAAUAUGCACUGACGGGGUCCAAGGCAAUCCACCCAAACCUGCACCAGUCUCCCAUCUCCCACCACUCCGUGCCCACCCUGAUCUCCAACCCGAGCAGCUUCAUCUCGCCGGGAAGCAGCUCGGCAAUGCUGCUGCAAAGGAACAACGAGGAGGAGAAGUGGAUGGCGAAGCAGCGGCAGUUGCGGCAGGAGAAGGAGGACCGGCAGUACCAGGUCUCAGAGUUCCGGCAGCAGGUUCUCGAGCAGCACCUCGACAUCGGUCGAUCAGGCUCCCAGAACGAGGUGGAGCACAGAGACGUUAUCAGGUCUGGGCCGAGUCACUCCCAUGAGCUCAGUAACAGAGACCAGCCCCAACAGCUGGGAGCCCCUCCACCUCUCAUCUCCCCCAAGCCCCACCCUAAGGAGCACCACUCCAGCCCGGCCGUCCUGUGGAACCCGGUGAGCCUGCUGGAUAACCAUUCUGAGGCCCGCAAGAACCAGGAGAACCACGUGUUGAACAGCUACGCCGGCCCCUACGACUCACACCGGCAGCCAGGGCCACUCAUCAAGACCGAGAAACUCCAUAGCCACGAGGAGGCCCUCAAGAGGCAAGAGGUCCCGGAGAAGUACCAGCCACUCCGAGGGCCUGCCUCCUUGGAGCACAUGGCACACCCCCAUUCUUACGGACCCCCUUUCGCCGAGCUGGAGAAAUCUGCCCAGUCCAUCCUCAACCAGCAGAGAAUGUCUCUAGCCUUCCCCACGUCACACAAUGACGUUGGCUUGUUGCACAAGGCAGCUGCUGCCUACAGGCAGUCUCACGGCCAGCCGCGGGCCCCAGGCCCCUUGUACAUCUACGACGAGUCUCUGCAGCGGCACAGGAGGCUGGUAAGCAAGUUGGACCUUGAGGAGAAGAGACGGAAAGAAGCAAAGGAGAAAGGUUAUUACUAUGACUUUGAUGACUCGUAUGAUGAAAGUGAUGAAGAGGAAGUUCGAGCACAUCUCCGGCGCGUCUCCGAGCAGCCGCCUCUGAAACUUGACGAUUCGUCUGAGAAGCUGGAGUUUCUGUGCAUGUUCGGCCUGACGACCCACGCCCGCAGGGAGGAGCUGCUGAAGCAGAAGCGACGCAAGCGGCGACGGAUGCUGAUGGAGCGGAGCCCCUCGCCGCCGCCGGUCGCCAGCAAGCGGCAGGCGCCCUCGUCCCAGCUGAGGCUGCCCAGCAAGUACAGCGCCGACGAGAUGAACAGCACACCCGACCUGGCAGAGAAGAAGAGAUUCCUGACGUCGUUCAGCCUCGCGCAUAUCCUCCCGGAGAAACGGAAGGAAAAGGAGACCCUGACAGAGAUGAUUCAGUCCAUAAAACAGAAGGCACAACCUUCCGACACACCUUUUAAAUACACCUCUCCUCCAUCGUGUACCAGCCCCAGCUCAGUUCAGACCGCAGACUCGUCGAAUACAAACUCAGCCACGGACUCGGAUAAGCCUCCGGGUGCUGCCCCGCCCCUGCCAGAACUCCGGAAAAGUGCCGAUUUGGCCAGGCCGGAGGCAGCCAGCCGGCCAAAGGAGGCCGUCCAACCUGGCGAGAAGAGCAGGCCGCACGAAGGCCACGGCGGGCGGAGGUCGGUGAGCGUGCUCACUAAUGCUUCGGGCUCAGUCCAGAAGGACAGUCUCGGUGCUGCCCCACAUGGCACGGCUGAGAAGAGCAAGCCCUGGGAAGCAUUCAUGGCUGAGGACUUUGCCCAGCAGUUCCAUGAGUCUGUACUGCAGUCCACACAACGAGCGUUACAGAAACAUAAAGGCGCAUUGACACUAACCGCCGAGCAAAAUCACAAGUUGGACACCUCUGUCCGUUACAACAUUCCAGAGAUCCACUCCUCCAGCAGAACACCCUUUACCCACCAGAACGGCCAGCACACUGGCACCCAGACCAGGAAAGGGGUUGUGUGUGAGCAGGAGGAGGACUCCGACAAUGAAGACGAUGAGGAAGAGGAGGACACAAGGCCUUUUCAUUCAAAAUGGCAGGGUAUUGAGGCCAUCUUUGAGGCCUAUCAGGAGUAUGUUGAAGAGCAAAACGUGGAGCGACAGGUUCUACAAGCCCAAUGCAGGCGCCUGGAAACCUUUCACUAUAACCUUAGCCUGUCAGCGGAGCAGCUGUCCCUCAGCAUGUCGGAACUGUUGGCCCAGAAGCAGAAACUAGCCUCAGAAAGGGAGAGACUCCAGUCCGAAUUGGACCAUUUAAGAAAGUGCCUUGCACUGCCUACAAUGCACUGGUCUAGAAGCUACUUCAAGUCCUAUCCAAGGUGACAGCCCUGCUAGCUCGGCCAUGGCAUAGAGAGACUAUUUUAUUAUCCUGGUAUUUAAGAUUCCCAUUGGAAUUGAUACUCUAGGCAAGACCUAAGGAAACAUGCCACACAUGAAGCAAAGGGUAAAAGGAUAACCCGCCUAUUGGACGAACAUUGCAUUGUAAAGGAAACAAGACUUCUGGAUCUCUCUAUUUUUUACAUAAAUUUGCUUAAAGGAACACUUUUUUUCCAACCUUGGUUUGAAUUUCUGAUAAUUAUUUAGUCCCUCAUCUACCCCCAUUCCAAUUAAGGACAGCUUGCAGGGGGUGGUCUAUGCCUGACCUCCAGAGCCAACACUAAUACAUCUGACGUAAACUCUUCCAACUUGACUGGACUGUGUGAAUAUCUCUGUACUUCCUUGAUUUUGAGUGGCUUGCUACAACAACCUAAGUGGCUGAACCUUCUGCAUGGAUGUCUCUUGCUCCGAAGACAAGAAACAGAGAGGUUUCCAAUCCGUUGGAGAACACCACAAGAUACUGACCACACGUGAUUGAAGGAUCCACCUUACUGAACACCAUUCCCCCUUGCCCAACCUGUCCCUCUUUCUGCAGUCUCUGCUAAUCUUUCUGCCAUGGAGCAAGGUUUGGAAAUCCUUUCUAUCCCCAAAUCCCACUGAAAAGGAAGUCCACCUCAUUUACUGGCUCUUCUCAGCCCCCUUGCACUGCAACCGAAUCAGACCAUGACAGUUUAAGGCUCGCUCAGAUAACGAGGCUUCUUUUUCACAGAAAAAUGCACUUAAGGCAAUUGCAGGUACAUUUUGAAACAGAGUCUAUUAAAUCACACUGAUGCAUGUUACAGCACUGAGUGUGCAUUAAGUAUAGAAAGACAAUAGCCUAAAGGGCACUUUUUUUAAUUAUUAAAUAAAAACAAAAUAAAAAGGAUUUUUUCACAAAACAAAAAGAUGCUUUGCCUUGUACUGUAUAUAAACAAAAACAGAUUUUGUAUGUUUUUAUUACUUUAAUUAUUUGUAUUAAAGCUUGCCAUUUUUAAUAUGUUUCUGCUUUUGGCAAAUAUCUUGCUUUUAGUGUUCGUACUGCUGCUGGUCAGGACAAAGAAUCAAAAGUCUUUUUAAAACUAAAAUCCAAAAAAAAGAGAGCAAGAGGGUUUUCACUGGUGUGUAAGCUGUUCACUCUGUUUUGGUGUAGCACCAGUUUAAGAUUUCUUUAAGAGAGGACGCAAAGCCUCUACACCUCUUCCCCUGCCUAUCACCCCUUCCUCCUCCUUAUUUAUACUUGCUUGAGAGAGACAAGCACCAGUGCCGACUUGUGGCUGUAUCAGCUGCUUUACAUUUUCUCCUAAUGUACUGUAAGUUUUUGUAUCUAAUUUGCACUCGCCUGUGUUGGGCACUCAGACCCUUCCUCAUUUUCCACUCUGACGCUUAUUAAAGGUAGAGAGAACAUUUGUGGUUGGUGUGUCUAAAGAGUCUUUGAUGUAAGAUGCAUUUGUCGUGGCCAUCUACCCCUGCUUCUCCCAGCCAAAUGGUGCAUUUUGACUGCAGAAAAAUUAUCUUUGUGUUCGAAUUUUUUUGUUUCGUAUCCCGCUGCGAAGCACUGGCUGUGAUAGAUAGGGGUGUGCACUGAGGGACUGCUGCAGCAUCUUGUAACUAGGUGCAUUCUAUAUAUGCAUUCUCUGCCCCCACCCCGUCAGAGACGGUAACACCCUUUUAAUGGUUCUGGGUCCAGACAAUUAUUGCAAGGUGAGAGUUAGCAGGAUGUCUGGGGCAUUAUCAUGCAUUAUUAUAAAAAUCUCCAGGUUCCCUCCUCGUAACGUAAAUUCAGAGGUUAUGACAGCCCCAUUAGAAAAUACCUACAGACAUUCUUAAAAUGGAGACGGUUCCACACAGGAGGAGGGAAGUGGGAGCAUUUGUGUCUCUUCACUUUUCAAAUCCUUUCUCUAGACAGAAGCACUCUUCAACCAGGAUUAGUUUCAGUACCUUUUGAUCUGCAAGAUAAUUGGGGUGUGGCUUUUAUUGCGGUUAAAACCAGGGCUCAUUUCUCUGGGAAAAUUUAAAACAUUAAUCCCAUUCUGAUUCAAUCCCAUGUCCAUUCCUGUUUUCGAAUUUUUGUGUUAUGUAGUAUAGAAGGAAGUCUUCUCCGCCAGUAUGGAGGCAACAAUUGUUCCUCCAUUCUCCUAACUCAAAGAAAGCUUCUCAAGCUAUUUUGGUGUGUGCUGUGCGAUGGAGUAAGUUUUUAUUUUCUAAAUACGGGAAAAUCAUUGAAGACAUUAAUCUAAAAUAAAGCCAUUUAAAUAAACUAAGGACAACUUCUUGUUAAUUUCCUGAACCUUGACAUCCAUACAUCUAAAACCCACAGAGACAUGAAAGGUCUGAGGGCAUUCUAGUACUUCUGUUCCUUGGACUUUUUAAAAAAAUUGUGCAGCAGUUACUGUGCCCUGAUUAAAAGGGUGCUUGUUAGCUUUUGCUGUUUGUCAGACUUAACUUCAGAGAGUUACCUCCAUCGAAGGGCUGUCUGAGAUGAAGAGUUUAUAAUCCUGAGGAAAACCCCCCUCAGUUUUUGCUGUACCAACUGCAAAGCCCAUAGGAAUGACACUAGUGAAGUGUCCACAUCCUAAUUUAUUCGAGAGAUUAAGGAAAAUCACAUGAUAAAGCAGAACCAAUUGCCAGAUAAGCUCAUGGUAUUAAUGUGUCCAACUAAAUCAGCCCAUUGCGUGAACCAUACUUUUCAAUGUACAGGCCACUGGGAUUUUAGAGUCAGAUAUGGGAGGGUUUUUGUUUAGAACCCAAGUUCUAAGUUAUUUGUAAAUGGGAAUACAUCUGCCAAUCACAAAGUGGUCCAGACCCGAGUGUUACUUUGCAGUUCUUCCUGAAAGGGUCUUGUGCCAUACAUGCUCCACGUGCCGUGUGCAGGAGAGCUUGUUGCAGUGAUAGCUUUUUACUGCAAACCACUCAGACUCUCCACUGGUAUUCUGUAUUGGAGAUAUCAUGAGGUAAAAGAUUCCCCUGUUGUUCAUUUGGUACACAUCUGCAUUGAACAGCAAUUCUGUUGACUUCAAUAGAAUUAAUUUUUAGAAACAGCAUUCAGAGUGCAAAUGUUACUACCUUGUACUUUCAGUGCACACAGCCAAAGCCCCAUACCGGCAGGUUCUUCAUUAAUAUGGCUAUCACAUCUGUAAAGAUAAACAUACCAAUGUUGUUUAUUUGGAAACCAACCAUAUUAUGAAACCUUGUACACUGAACAGAACCCAAAUUAUGCCUGACUCUUCAGUGGAGCAGGAGUAGAAUGUAAACAUUCAACAGGCUUUCUGCUCCUGUUCGUGAUGCUCAGCACCUCCAAAUGUGCCGGGCAAGCUUGGACAUUGAGGUCUCACAUUGCAAUCCUUCUGACCCCAACUGCUAUCCUGGAAGAAUGGCCUCUUGGCUGAGGUUCUGUAGGAUGCUUGGCAAUCAGCAUCUAGUAUGCAUGACUUUAGCAUGCCACUACCAUUGCUAAAGGACAUCUAUUCACUUGUCCAGCUUGUUAAGCAUAGGUGAUGCUAAUUUGCCUUGGUGAGGUAAUUAAUGUUUCUUAAUAAUAGAAAUACAAUAGAGACGUGAAACGCAAUAAGGAUUAGUAUAUGCAUCUUCUUUUCAGAUGUUUACCAAUGAUACAUGCUCAACCACACACUUCCACUUUUCACAUUCUGAAACUUCCCAAGCCUUGUCCCACACAAUCCAGGCCAACAUCUCCCUGGUUCAGUGGUUAUUAUAGACAUCUUCUCACUCAUCUCUUACUUCCAGUCAUCCUUGCUGCUGUACUGAUGCCCUACAGCAGGCCUUACAUCUCCAUUUCCCCUGGAUUGUGUCCAGGCCGGAUCUCUCUCAUCCAUUUACCUUGGCAUUAAACUCUGUAGACCAACGUACAGGCAGUUGGUAUCAGCAUUAGUGUGUCCAAGUAACCUGCUACAAAAUUUGCUGAACAUAAUGAGAAAUAUAAUCCAAAGACCGGGAAAGAAUUACAGAAGUUUAGGAAGCAUAUUUCCAGUUUACAGUAUAGCUUUGCUCUAACAGUGGCAAAGGUGCAAUUAACAGCCUGUUACUUACUCUGUAUUGUUUAGGCUCCACAAACUGACAGCAUGUUUUCUACUGGAGUUAUGGGUCAUCUCAAUCACUAUUCAGUGGUUCUUCAACUUGAUCACUGAUUGACACAAAGUUUGUGUUCAUCCAAUAGACUUUCUCCCUCCUGACUAGAGCUCCCCAACUAUAAUUACUUCCAUCCUAAAAUCCAUUUCCCAAUUGAUCCUCAUCUGCCAGCUGUUGAUAUUUCAUUAGUUCCAGAUUGCAGGCGCUGUAAACGAGGCAUGUACUCGGUAGAAGAUAUUUGUAAGAUAACCACAUCUUGAAAUUAUAUAAUAGGAAAUGUUGGAUUUUCUCAGUAGGUCAGACAGCACCUGUGGAGAAAGAAGCAAGGUUAACAGUUAAGGUAAAUUGCUUUGAAUCUGACCCCUGUGAAUGACCGGAAACAUUAAUUCUGUUCCUCUCCCUCUAGCUGCUGCCUGAAGCGCUGAGUAUAUCCCUCAUUUUCUGUUUCAGCUUCAGAAUUCAAACAGAUAUGGUCUUCUUUUCCAGAAAACCACCAUUGAAUGGAAACCAAAUAGUUCUCAGAUAGAAAGGUGAAGCUCAUAACAGAAAUUCAACAUCUGGUCAUGAGCUAUCACCUCUUAACAAAAAAAAAGGUGAAUGUCUUUUCUAUCAUUCAGUCCAAUGGAGAGAAUCUCUAGGAGAACAAUUAGUUUUCCUAUUUGACAUAUUUUAUUGAUGGGGGUUCUUAUUUGAAGUUUGGCUGAAUGAUCUGACAACAAAGUCAUUACAAUAUAAAUGGUAUCAAAAGCACUCACGGAAAACCAAAGGACAGGUCCUCUCCAGCAUUCCGUUCCUGUGAACUGUUCCUGACGCGGACAGCUUACUAAUCGGAAAUGCGACCCUGAACCGAGUUCCAAGGUUGAGACGAUGCCUGCCGCCCCGCAACAGGCGGCAAAUCCAUCCUGUUGUCCUUCUCAAAGCCCAUCCGAUGUACGGACUGUACAUACAUCAGCCAUUCAUAACGUGAGGAGAACCUGUAAUCAUCUUUUUUAAAAAAUGGGGAAACUAAAGAUUCCAUUGUCUUUUCAGAAAUUUGGCCCUAAAGCGAGAGUGAUAUUUUAUGUUGUUCUCUUUUGAGGAUGUCCAUUCUGUCAUAAAGUUUUACUGAGGAUGUGAUGUCAUUCAUGACAUCAGCUGGGUGCCAUAUUCAACUGAAGUGGGCCUUGAUUCUGGGAGUGAGCUGUUGAUGAGUGAAUCUUAUUGUAAAUCCACCUAGUUCCUAGUUACUGUAAGUAAUCCAGACACGCCAAAAUCCUUUCAUGUGAGGCAAAUGUCAUGUGAUGUUGUUAGUCCAAGAGAAAAUGCAGUGUUUCUUAUGAAGUUAAUUAAUCAUCCAUGUCCAAACCAAGCAGUGACUUGUAUUAAAAGUGCAGCUGCUUUGCCUGCCACUUCACACUUGACAUCAAUCAUAGCGUCUAAAGUCAUGCUGGUAGAUCAUUUGGUGACUGUAGAUUACCCCAAGUAUAGACAAAAGAAUCAACAGGGAAUUGAUGGGCCAUUGAGAGAGAGUAAGUUGCAGGACCACAAGGAAAUAAAAGGGGGAAUUUCCCUGCUGGGUGCUGGCAUGGAGCCAAUGGGCCAAAUCCUGUGUCAUUAUAAAUAAAAAUCUGCAGUGUGAAUGUCAGUGCAGAAUUUAACAAAGUGCCCUACAACAGUAUUGAAACAAAUGCCAACGUUGCCAUGUAUAUGCCUCCUCACACUUGGAUUGACAGGGCAAGUGUUUCAUUGCAUCGUCAAGCUUUCACUCAACCGCCAUAAUUCCCACCGUAUGUAACAGUUUGCCAUCCGGGGCACAAGGAGCGCCCCACAGACUGGUGGAAAUACGAAGAGGGAGGAAGCUGGCAUGGACCCAAUGGGCCAAAAAGGCAGCGCAGUAGCCUAGUGGCAGUGACUUUACAGCGCCAGUGACCAUUUCUCGCUGCUGUGACCACGCGAGUUUCCUCUGGCUGCUUCAGUUUACUCCCUUGUCCUAAAGGCGUACGGGCUGGUUGGUUAAUUGGUCACAUGGGUGUAACUGAGCAGCACGGGCUCACUGGGUCACAUGGUCCUGCCACUGUGUCGUAUCUCUAAAUAAGAGAUAAACACCACUCUCUGAACGGGUCUGGGUAGCAACAGGUCGCUUGCUGCAGAACAAUCACUCACCGUCUCACCUUUGGGCUCCUAAGUUGCCAAACCACAGCAGGUACCUUGUAGCCACUGUACCUGGUUUACAGCCAUCACACCCCAUUGACGAUGAUCCAUUGCUUGUACCCUGUACCACACUUGCCACUCACUAGCAGAUCUGCCUUUAUAGAUCGUUGUAACUGUAAACUUGCCACUGAUUAGAGUGAAUAUUGGUUCAGCACUUCUGUUACAGCCUGUGCACACUUGAUCUAUCAUACUUCUUGAGGGAGGAGGAAGACAAGGCCUCCACUAUA